UCACAAUGUCCAUACUUUUGUUAAUCAUUCUAGUUUUUGCAAGGGAGUUCCUCCAGUGACUUUCUGACAGGGAACCCAGGAACCCUCUUCUCCCUUUGUUUGAUAUACUUUGUUGUAUAAAAUGACAGUUGGUCACUAUCAAAAGCAACUAGAGUGUGGGUUUGUUCCUUGGACUAAUCCAUUUUCUGGUUGCUUUUGUGUCAAGACCUCUCUGUUGCGGCUACCACCGAAAUACGUCUUUUUCAAAACUGGCAGGAGACUUCGAUCUACUUGGAGCUUCUAUAAAGACAAUAGUUGUAGCUGUUGUGCGUCAGGUCAACCAGACGUUUUAGUAGAGUUGAAUCAACGUCUGCGAAAGAGACCCAUCUACUUGGUUGGUAUGAUGGGAAGCGGCAAGAGUACCAUUGGACAGUGCUUGGCUUCAAAGCUAAGUUAUUCGUUCUUGGAUACUGAUCAAGUGAUAGAACAAGUUGAACAAAAGAAGAUAACUCAAAUAUUUGAACAGGAUGGAGAAGACAAGUUCCGAGAAGUGGAAAGCAACAUACUGAAUCAAAUACAACCCUGUCUUGGUUAUGUGGUUGCCACUGGAGGUGGUAUCGUAUUAAGAAGUAGUAAUUGGUCUAUUCUUCGUGUAAGUGAUCGUUUUCUAUGUUGGUUUUUGUUUAUUUCUAGGUAGAGUGGUGUAGUGGUGUUUUUGGAUAUUACUGUUUCUACUAUUAUGAAACGACUAUUGAAUGAUACAAGUCGUCCUCUCUUACAAGGUUCUGAACCUCAGAGGAGACUAGAGGAAAUACGUCGCAGAAGACUACCACUUU